AUGUGGGGUACCGAGGUCCUUAUCAGGUUACGUCCGACUCCCUGCUUUGUCAACAUCUUGCCUGGGUUUGCCGCCGCUGGCUACUACUUCAAAAUGGCUCAAGGGACUGUCAAAAUGUCGGCCAAGUCUUCACAGCCGACAAAAAACAAGGGCACGAUGAAAAAGGGCGCAAGGGUCUUCAAGCCCAAAAAGUCGAAGCCAUCCACCAAGGCUGAUAAGCUUGUCAAAAAGUACACGUCUGGCUUGGUCGGCCAGACCGAGAAGUUGCUCGGGGAGCGUGCUGGCCACCUGGAGUUGAUUGGCAAGGGCAGGACGAAGAACAAGGACGCCGCCGGAUCCAACAAGACCGGCGGCUCCAGGAAGUUCGGCUGA